AUGUCUUCUAACUCUCGUUCGUCUAGGCUUCGCCAUGAACAAGCUGAUAACAGCUCGAAAAGAUCUGUAAAACAUAAUAUGUCGGUCAAGAUAGAAUCCGACACUCCAAUGCGAACUAGUGGUCGAGCUCGAAAGCCUUCUUCAAAGGUUAUGGAAAUGCAGGGAAUACCCGAAAACAUCUUGUCUGACGAAGAUGAUGAUAUCUGUGUUAACGCUAUGAAGUCAGAUCGUCAUCUACCUUUGGAUCACACCGAUGAAUCUACUUUACCUGUUCCAUCUAAACGGUAUGAUACUCUGAAAUUUUCCACCAUUGCCUUUCCUUACUAUCCAUUCAGGCGUCAUCAAAAGCUCGAAUCCAACAGUUAUCCUGCUAGCGUUAGGCGAUCCACCACCCCUUACCCAUCACCUGAUGUGUCAUCGGCGCGGAAGGGUCCUAGGGCGGUUGCCUCUGAGGAGGUCAUAUCCAUACACGACAGUGACUCUGACGGAUAUAUUCCCCAUAAACGCGACAAUGCCUUUGUGGAUGAUGAAGCUGUCGAAUCAGCGAACCUCUGUUCCGAUUUUGAAGAAGACCAGGAUCGAUAUGAGAGCGAUUUUAUUGACGAUGGACCAAUUUCAACACCUACUUAUCGACAGUUGCCAAAUGAAGACGAUUCCAGUUCCUUCAACAAACAACAACGCAAACGUCCUAAGCUCGGGUCGCCUUUCUUCUUGGAGGAGAGUUCCGACACGACGAGUCAGUAUUCUUCUCCUAGCGAUACUUCAGUACUCGCCAAAGAGCCUUCAGAAUCCGAGCGACUGGAUACUAAGCCACAGCCUUCCCCUGCGUCCAAAGACAAGUCCGAAUCACCUAGCGAACAUUCCGCCUAUUCCAACGAGCAUCGAGAAGAACGUGCUCGCGCUUCCUCGAAGCCGGAUCUUAACACGGAGGCAAGCGUCGAACAUCCAAACGAAGGACGCGCGGAUGAAGAAUAUGAAGACGAGGUCACAGUACCAUUACCGAACGAUGACUGGCUUCGUCCAACCUACAAGCAUCUCCCCAAACUUAAAUAUGUUUUGCUCGAGAAGACAUCCAAAAAUCAGAAGGAGCGUGUCGACGAUAGUUUGCUGUCACCGUCGAUGAUUAAAGCGUGUUUCGAAAAUAAUGGCCUAGACUAUAUUCAGAGUCGACUGUUCAAGAUGUUAACAAUGAAGCAUUACAAGUUGUACGCCAACGCCUCCAGAAUUGAUCCGUCCAUGAUCAAGGCGUCCAGCAGUGGAUCGAGCACUUUCUUUAAUACGACGCCCAGCAUGUAUCGACCUGCCGAACGCUCCCUUUCCAACAACGUUUGCUUUGUUAUGACAGGAAUGGUCGCCUACUCUUACCUUACCGAAGAGGCCGUCAACAUCAGUUCAUACAAGACCACGGUUGAUCAUCGAAUCGGCCUUUAUCCUUUCGACGGGGAAUUUCAGCGCGCCAUGACUCUGUUCGGUAACUUGGCUGGUAAAGAUUCGCUUGUGUACACCUUUCAUGGAGGGGUGAUCCCUUUUACGACUCGAGUUAAAGUGGGGAACGAAGAUCAAGGAAAUAUAAUUGCGUCUCCAAAGAAAGCCGGUCUCUUUUCGAGUGGCAUCCCUUCUCAAUCUACCGGAUGCAAUCCAUUGUUAUCCAACAUCAAGAGGCAGCAUUACCCGAUGCCGCUAGCCUUCGAUGAUAAAGUGCCCAUCUUCGACGCUCGUCGCAAAGACAACGUUUUCGACGAUAGCGAUUGGGAUCGACUGCACCGAUUCCCAAUUUGGACGCACAACGAAGUCCCUCCUUAUUGCUUGGUGACUGUCGGUUAUACUGCCAAUACCUACACCAUUUCUUCCAAUUAUUCUACUAAUACUAACUCGCCUUACUUGUCUCUUAAUUUGCAAUUCGUUAUCGUACAUGCUGACCCUAUCACCGUCUAG